AUGGGUGACUGGAGUUUUUUGGGGAACAUUUUGGAAGAGGUGAAUGAACAUUCCACUGUCAUUGGCAGAGUCUGGCUUACAGUGCUCUUCAUUUUCCGCAUCCUGAUCCUAGGCACUGCUGCAGAGUUUGUAUGGGGAGAUGAGCAGUCGGACUUUGUGUGCAACACACAGCAGCCGGGUUGUGAGAAUGUCUGCUAUGAUGAGGCCUUCCCCAUCUCCCAUAUCCGGCUUUGGGUACUACAGAUCAUCUUUGUCUCCACUCCCUCACUGGUUUACUUGGGUCACACUGUACACCAUGUAAGGAUGGAAGAGAAAAAGAGAGAGCGGGAACAAGCAGAGAAGGCUCUACAACGGCAAGCUGAAGGAGAUGAUGAAAACUCAUCCCUUGAUCCAGACCAUAAGAGUCCAAUAUCUACCAAGGAAACCAAACGAUUCCACCUUGAGGGAACACUUCUCAGAUCCUAUAUCUGCCACAUAUUUUUCAAAACACUGUUUGAGGUGGGAUUCAUCGUGGGUCAGUACUUCCUUUAUGGCUUCAGAAUUCUUCCUCUUUACCGCUGUGGCAGGUGGCCUUGCCCCAAUCUGGUAGAUUGUUUUGUGUCUAGACCUACAGAAAAAACUGUUUUUAUCAUGUUUAUGUUGGUUGUAGCAUCAGUGUCCCUCUUUCUCAAUCUUGUGGAGAUCAGCCACUUGGGUCUUAAGAAGAUUCAGAAUGCCUUCAGGAGACCAGUUCAACAACAGCCUGUAGAAACCCUAGAGAAGCCCCUUCACUCUAUUGCUGUUUCAUCAAUCCAAAAGGUCAAAGGUUACAAGCUGCUGGAGGAGGAGGAGAAGCCAGCAUUUCACUACUUCCCUUUGACAGAAGCGGGAGUAAAAGCUGUACCUGUUCCUCCUUCAUUUAAUGGGUUUGAGGAGAAGAUCAGUAUGGAACACCUGGAGGACAUUCCGAGUGUCUUUGAAGAACACUUGCCAUCCUAUGCCCAAAUGGAUGAACAGGAAGAGGAGAAAGUGGAAGCAGGAGAGGAGCCAGAACAAGGGGUGGCUGAAGAGGUCCAAGAAGAUGAACAAACAGAGGAAGAACUGACAGAGAAAGUGGAAGAAAAAGUAGAAGAAGAGAAGCACAUGGAGGAUGAGCAAGAGCUAGGGCCAGAGCCUUCAGAAGAGGACACAGCCCUACCAUCUGUGGAUCUUACAGCUGACACAAGACCCCCUAGCAGGUUAAGCAAAGGUAGUAGUCGGGCCAGGUCAGAUGAUCUGACUGUAUGA